CCCGAACCUGUCCCGAACACUCAGUCUGAGUCUCAGUCGUGUACUCACACAUUAUACUGUAUUCAGCACAUUCUUUGCGUCGAAAUGGCGGAUCACGCUCCGCAAAGUUCAACUCAUACAUUGAUACCAUCGACAGAGGCCAUCACCAGCACUGCAAAGCUUCCUGUUUUCGACUCGCAAGGCAACUCGACCGAUUUCGGGAGCCUCUUUCGCGACCAGAAGACGAUUGUCGUCUUUAUCCGCCACUUCUUUUGCGGCAGCUGCCAGCAAUAUGUAAUGCAACUCGCGGAAGUUCCGCAAGAGUCGCUUCAACAAGCUGGGGUGCGUCUAGUUGUGAUAGGAUGCGGAGACUGGCAACCGAUCCAAAACUAUUGUGACACGACCGGCUUCAAAGGUGAGAUGUAUGCCGACCCGUCGCGCGCCCUGUACACGGCCUUGGGACUAGUGGAGAGCCUGGAUGUUACUCCUUCUGGACAGGAGAAGCGUAGCUACAUUACCAGAAGCCUCCUCCGCAACGCCCUCCGGAGCAUCUUGCAAGGGCCACUGAAAACCCCGCAACAUAUAGGGAAGCAGGGCAAAAUCUCGCAGCUAGGCGGAGAUUUCGUCUUUGGUCCGGGCGAGACCUGUUCAUUCGCAUCGAGGAUGCGCCACACGGAGGAUCACAUCGAAGUUGCUGACCUGAUGCGCACCGCUGGAGUGGCAGAAUCGUGAAGUUGUACUACAGUGCAAACACUAUCGACAAUCAUCGUUGCGCUAUGGACAUACGGAAGGACGAGCGAAUGCUGUCCUCGCGUCUUUCUAUUUUUGUGCGUCUUCGAGCCCAGUAUCAUAGUAAAUUGCAUGGUGCUUCACGUGAUCUCAGGACGCUGAAGUCGAGCUUGCUGGGUGCAGUAAUCGGUAUCCCUCUCAAUUGUCUUGGAUUAUACCUGCCCGCCUGCAGUGCUCAGUCGUAGUCCCGUGUGCGCUGAAUGCUAGUGAAUGUACGCUGUAUGAG